UUGAAGCUUGGUGGGCAGCGAAUAGCUACAUUGCUUAUGUAUUUAGGUGACAAUGUUGAGGGAGGAGAAACACAUUUCCCAAUGGCUGGUUCUGACGAAUGUAGCUGUGGUGGAAAAUUGUCGAAAGGGAUAUGUGUGAAACCAAUUAAAGGAAACGCUGUGCUUUUCUGGAGUAUGGGACUGGAUGGAAAGUCAGAUCCGGAAAGUGUUCAUGGAGGAUGUCCGGUACUCUCUGGAGAGAAGUGGUCAUCUAUAAAGUGGAUGAGGCAAUCAGUUCACUAUUGAAUUAGCUACCUUAUUACCAAGGGAUUUCCCC